AUAAUAUAAAAUAUCAACUCUAUGAGUCAUUUUGAUGAUAUUGAUUUUGCUUAGAAUUCAAACUCUAGUAAUAUGAAAUUUGAAUAAGAAGCAGAUUUUGGAAAGAAGUAAGCGUUUGAAUUAUAAAGAAAGCCAAAAUAUAAUACAAAAAAUACUUAUAUAAAAAAAAUAUCAUCACUUAUAAAAAUGACUAAUUCAGAAAUAGUGGAUGAUGUGUAUAUAUAUAUCAAUAGAUCAUAUUUUUAGUUAAGAAAAAAAAGAAAAUGUACAAAAAGUUUAAAGUUAAUAAUUUCCUGGAAAUAAUUUUGGAGAUAAAGAAGAUAAAUUAGCAAAAAAUAGAGAGUCUGCAAGAAAUAGUAGAAGAAGAAAGAAGAUUUAUUUGGAAUUGUUAGAAAACAAAGUUACAAAAUUAUCAGAACAAUUAGAUAUUUUUAAGAAUGUUAAUGAAAGAACUUAAUAAUUAGCAAUUAAUCUAUAAAAUAAAAUAACAUAAGUAUUUUUUUUAUAAAUUAUAUAGAAAAGGGAUUAGGAUUAAACAAAGAUAAUCUUAUUUUCAAAUCUAUAAAAUUCAAUCAAUGGAAAUGUUGGAGAAAUAAACAUUGAUCCAAUUAUAGAUUCUUUGAAUGUAUUUUUAAAUUAUUAAUAAUUUAUAUAGAAAAAAUUUGGUUCUGGAUCUUAAGAAAGGCAUUAAUUGAUAGAUCAUUAUGCAAGACAAAUUUAUGAAAAUUGUUUAGCACCUUAUAUCAAUUAUAUAAUUGGAGUAGUUAAAACUGAAUAAGAUAUUUUUUCAAACUCAGAGUAAAGUUUUUACAUCAAAUUAUAGGCAUACUUAAAAUACAAUAUUAAGAAAUCUUAAACUAACAGAUAAAUAAAGACAAAUACUAUAAAAGAAAUAAUAAAAAUUACUUAGACAUCAAAAUGAAUUAGAAAAGUAUUUAAAUUCUAUUCUACUUUAAGCACAUUAUCUUCAAUCUAAGAGGUGAAAAAUUAAAUUUAAACUGAACUAACUUCAUUUGAUUUAACUUUAGAAUAAUUAAGAAGAGAAUUAAAACCAAGUUAGGUAGCUAGAUUUUUAUUAUCAAUUGAAAAAAAGGAUAUGUAACAUCAUUUUAAAGAAUAAUUUGAAAAAUGUUUUGGAUCAGAAAUUGAUGAAGAUGAUUCCUUAGAAUUAUAUUAAUUUAUGACAGAACAUAAUCAAUGUAAUUCUCUUGGAAUAGAUAUUCAAUAGACUUAUGAAAUUUAUCGAGCAUCUAACGAUUUUUUAAAUGGUAAAGCUGAACAAGAAGAAAAAUAACAACAAUAAAUAGAAUAAUAAAUGAAAAUUGAAUGA